AUGCGUCAGGACGCUGCACCGACUGCGCACCAGCACAUGCUGCUCCCUACCGGACGCGCAGGAGAAGCGGGUUACAGCGUCGCAGAGCGCAAGAAACACCCACGCUUGCAAGGCGCGGACCUGUACGUCACGCGACUUGGCUGGUCUGGCACGCCGGAGAGGAAAGAGAAGAAGAAGAAAUCGGUCAACACAGUCGCCACCACGGACUUACCCAUGUCACGCGCAGAGAGCGUGGACUGCGAUCUGUCUGAGAGCGUCUCUUCCCUCUCCUCGCUGACUCUCUCUUCUACUGACAGCAGCAGUCCAUCAAGCUCAAGCUGCAGUUCAACAUCCGAAGCAUACGCCUCACUACACGAGGAGUACUUGGCUAACAACCCUUCCUCGCCUGCCAAAACUACUUGCUGCGGUACCGAAGCUCCUCAUAUCAAAUCGCCCGUCUCCGCUUCCCGGCCCUGUUACCGUUGCAUCUCUUUUAUGCAUGCCGUUGGAAUCCGCAGGGUCUUCUGGACGACCGACUCGGGCGAUUGGGAAGGYGGUAAAGUCAAGGACUUCGUGGACGGAAUGSAUGGCGUGGCGGCUGACGGCACAACCGGUGGUCAGGAUGGCGGACCGAUGGGCAAUGGAGUCUUUGUCACGAAGCACGAAGUCUUGAUGAUGCGGCGCAUCAUGGGCGCACAAACCGCGGCGAACGGUGGUAAAGCAGCCAGCAGGAGAAAGCAAAGGUGA